GAAGGUAAAAAAUUAAAAAAAAAAAAAAAUAAAAAGAAAAAAGGUACUCCUCGUAGAGGGCUCGUGUUUCGCGCGUACGCACGCACGAGAGGGCCCCUCCACUCGUCUCGCGAGCGUGCUCUCAACACGAUCGUUGGAGGUGAACGUGAAGGUGGAAAAGGAGGUGAAGGUGGUUGAGGAGGAGGAGGAGGAGGAUCCAUGUAGAAAGAAAGAGAGAGAGAGAGGAAAAUAAAAAAGAGUGGUGGAAGAAGCGAGUGGCAGUGGCGAUGCAUCGAGCAGGCAAGCACUAAAACAGUCCUCCGCCACUUGGAUGCGUCGUCACGUCGUGUUCUAUCUUUCUCGGUGUUCGCAAUCAAUGAUCGAGUUCGCUUUCGAUCAGCAGUAGCAGUAGCAGCAGAUUUAAAACACAUUUUUUUUGUAAAUAUUCAUUCUUUAAAAGAAACAUUGGAGAAUAAGAAAUUACAAUUAAAAACCUUACGUAGAAACAAGGAUAACAACGACAAAUCAGAAUUCAGAUACGUAUGAUCGUAUAAAGGAGACUCCCCGUUUAUGUUGUUUUUGUUUUUUUUUAAUAUCUUAUCUUUCUCUUUUUAUAAGAAAAAAAAAAAACGUUUUAUCGUUAGCAGUUAACGAUCGACGAUUAACAGUGACAGUUAACUGUACGAUUCUAAACGGAAAUGUUAGUCUCCUAUUGAUGGUAAAAGAUAUACACGCGUGAAGAAUCGCGAUCGAUAAAAAGAAAGAAAAAGGGAGAUAGAAGUAGGACAAAAAGUUGAUUAAAUAAAGAGAGAAUGAGAGAUAGAUAGUAGUCGUAGUCAUUCGAGUGACGAGGAAAAUCGAUGAAAGGCAAAAAUUGUCUAUUACUACUACUACUACUACUACUACUACUCGACAUCAUCGACUCUUCUUCUCAUUGAGAAAGGAGAACUUGUUUGGACUCUUUCGAUAAGGAGACUCCUCUUUAAAGAAGAAAAAGAAAAAGAAGAAGAAGAAGAAAAGGAAAGAGGAAGUUAAACGGUGCAAGAAGGAAUAAAGAAAGAUAGAAAAAGAAAAAGAAAAAGAUAAGGAUAGAGAUAAAGAGCAAAAUGAGGGAGAGACACGAUGGUCCAGAUUUCCCAUGUGGAUCUUGAGAUCGAGUAGUAAACGAGCAACAGCAAACUAAAGCAAAGCAAAGCCCGCGCGAAAAAGCUUAUUCUCUUCCGCGAUCGUUUGCCGACUGUAUAGUACUAUUUUCCGCUAUACCAUCGAAGAAAUGCAUCUGGGGAGUUAAUCGAUCGCAAACGAUAACGGUAUACCGAUGUAUCUCAAGCUUGGAUGGCCAACAGUUUUAAUCGAAAGACAGGACACGAUUCGACGAAAGACGUAAUGAGCCGCAGCAACGUUCUCGAACGAUGAACUUAUUCCAUCACAAACCCCCCUCCACUCCCCCAACCCACCCCGUUUCCUCUUCAGAUCGUGGAUUUUAUAUGGGAACAAAUAAAUCAAAUGAAAUUAAACGAUAAAUAGAUUUCAAAUAAAAAAGAAGAUCGUAUCAUCGUCAUCAUCAUCGUCAUCAUCCUUUUUAAGGAGUGACGAACGAUAAUUGGAUAUAUAUUCCGUUGCAAACGGGAUGUACAAAUUUGUAGAUAACUUAUUUAUAGUUAAAGAAGAGCGUAUCGUUAAAUUACACCAAGAGAACUAGGAAAUUGAGAAAGGGAUGUGGAUAACGUUAUUUCUUGAAUUAGGACUACGAAAUUCUGACACGAAGUAGUAGUAGUAGUAGUAGUAGGUAGGUAAGUAAGUAAGUAAGUAGUAGUAAGAUUGCAUAGUAAGAUUGCUAAGAGAGUGAGAUAGGUAGAGGGCGUCGAACUUGAAAAGGAAGCCGCGAAAUGCUGGCUGAUCCGCCUACCGUCUACUACUACUAUUUCCACCUUCACCUCCAUCACCUCCUCCUCUUCCUCUUCCUCUUCCUCUUCCUCUUCUUCUUCCUCUUACCCAAGUCUUGGAUUAAGGAAAAGUAAUAAGCCGAAAUUCAUAGUAGAGAUAAGAAAAACUGUAUGAUGAAAAAGACUAUUCUUCGUUUUUGAUAACGCGUUAUCAUCGUGAACGUACGAAGUUGAAGAAGAAGAAGAAGAAGAAGAAGGAGAGAAAACCUAACACAUUGAAUUUUCUCCUAUCACAUACAGGGACCAUCACCAUCACGACCACCAGUCGAUCAAAAUACUCUAGUGCAUAGUACAAAAACAUAUAUAAAUAUAUAUACAGACACACGUUUGGAUAUAUAGUUCUAAUAUCGUUCGAGAUGUUGAAGAUACGUAUGUUGGAUUACAUAGGUGAUACUGGGAGGCAGCAGCUCGAACAAUCCGUAUAUUGCGAGUCCGAAUCUCGGAGGAGUGCUGUGGAAGAUGAAAGGCAAGAUGUCCAUGGCACCAAUCAGGAUAAGAUAAAAGCAACUACCACGCAAGAUCUUUUUGAAUUAUUGGAAAGAGUUCAAAGUUCUCGAUUGGACGAUCAACGAUGCGUAUUGCCGCCAUAUUUCUCUCAGACAGCGAGAGACGAACGAGCUGCCUCGAGUCCAGGUGGUGCAGGUGGACAAAACAAUCACUCAUCUUCAUCUCCAUCGCCCUCUCCUGUCGGCGAUAUACCUCUUGGACGAGCCCUUAUGGAAGCCGCACUUCAACAGGCCACUUCCGGCUCUCAGGAACCUCCCCUAGUAGUAACGCCACCUGGUUAUUGGCUAGACGGAACCGAUCAUCGACAUACCUUGGAUUCGGCAGGAAGAGCAUUGCUUCCUGCUCAACCAGCCUGGCAACCCAGGAUAGAUCAGGAUGACACUGCUAAGUGUUACAGACGUUUCUUCGUUGGCAGAGAACAUGUGAACUUGAUAGGAAGAGACAGCGAGAAUGGGCCGGUCCUUGUUUCAGUGAAGGCCGAGACGGUCGCUGGACAAGAACACUGGCGGGUAUUGCUAAGAUUACGUGCUGGUUCAACGCACGAGUUAGUCUCAGCAACCACUCUUGGACCGACUCCUUCACCAGCAAAAAUGGUCAAGGCAAUCAACGACUCCUUGAACGUGAACACUUUAAUGCCAGUGGUAUGUUCAGGGGCUGGCACUUUGAUAGCUCAAUAUGAUGAGCAUGCACUCGUCUCGAGAUUCAAAUUCGGUGUACUUCAUCAACGCGCUGGGCAGCUGACCGAGGAACAACUUUUUGGCAAUCGCCAGAUGACACCAGCUUUCCAAGAAUUUCUUGAUCUUUUAGGCCAAAAGAUCGACUUGAAAGAUCAUAAAGGAUACCGUGGAGGUUUGGAUACUCGACAUGGUCAAACAGGUGAUUCCGCGGUCUACGAAGUAUUUCGUGGCCGAGAAGUUCUCUUUCAUGUAGCAUCGCUUUUACCAUAUAGUCCAGGUGAUGCUCAACAAUUACAACGCAAGAGACAUAUUGGUAAUGACAUCGUGGCGAUUAUAUUCCAAGAGGAACCUACACCUUUCAGUCCAGAUAUGAUCGCCAGUCACUUUUUGCAUGCUUUUAUCGUCGUGCAGGUCGUCGAUCCAUGUACACCUAACACAAGAUAUAAAGUGAGUAUAACGGCGAGAGAUGAUGUUCCUUGGUUCGGCCCAGCCUUACCAACACCUGCUGUCUUCCUCAGAGGCGUCGAAUUUAAAGAAUUUCUUUUAACAAAAUUAGUGAACGCUGAAAAUGCAGCUUACAAAGCUGAAAAGUUUUCUAAACUAGAAUUGCGAACUAGAUCUGCUCUAUUGGAAUCCUUAACGGAAGGAUUACAAGCGAAGACAGCGGAAUUCUUAGGUGGUACCAUUGGCCUAGGAGGUAAUUUAGGAUUCGGUGCGAAUUGUCCUGUCAGUCCAACUGCGAGUGAUUCAUCAGCUUCCGGUGGUGGAGGUACUGGCUCGAGAUUUAUCGACACAGUACGGAAAGCAUUAAUAUCCCGAGUGAGAAACGCAUCGACCGAAAGUGUACCGCAACAACUUGCUAAAAAAGGUUCUCAUUCUGAACCAAGUCCACCGAGUAAUCGACAAUCCAACGGUAAAAUCAGUGGAAAACGAUCAGUUGAACCAUCAAGUCCAUUGGGUUCACCCGAUUUAACUUUACGAAGGGAUUCCGAAAGAGGUAGCCCUAGUUUGGGAAGUCAAGACAGUAGCUUAUCGAAUACGGACAAUCAGGACAGUAGUUUGGCUACAUUACAACAGGACGAGGUAGAUCGUAGAGAAUCUAGUACAGGAAUUGGUACAAAUGAUUCCACGAUCAUGGAAAAGGUUACUACGGUAUCCUCAAUUCAACGAUUAACUCAUGAAAAUUUAAGAAGACAGGAACGAACAGAAAAAACCGAAAUAACUCAACGCGUUGUUUCCGAGAGCGACGAUAGUUCGCUUAAUAGCGAGCUUGAACUUGACCAAGCGGUUUAUCCGGACAGCGACACUGGUCUUGAAUCUAUGAGUUCCGCGGAAACGCACGACAUUACGAGGUGUAAUGCCAAAGACGGUGCUGCGGAAACCGAAACUUUAAGGAUGGAAGUUACUAGACUUAAGUGCGAUAAGUUGGACUUAUUAAGGCAAAAUGUGACAUGUCAACGCGACAUUAAACGCCUUCGAGAGAAAGAACUACAAUUGCAAUCUGAUUUGGCAGCAGCAUCAAAAGAGAUUCUUCGGUUAAGGGCGAUGCUGAAAGAAUGUUCGACGAGUAUUCCCUUGGAUAAUAACAAUCAACAGACGUCCACCGUUUGAAGGAUCAUUAAACGCAUUUUUUAAUUCGUUAUCGCUAACAGAAUUUCCCGUUAAAGAUCGCUAUGUUUUAAUCGUCGAAUGGGAACCGACCAAAUCGUAAAUUUCGUAGAUCUUCCACUCUUCUGAGAUCACGUUUCUCUUAAAAGGAAAUCAAUUUAGGAUAUCUCGUUGUUGGAUACAUAGAUGUAUUACAUACGAAAAACUAGCAAUCAAUGCUUUCUUCCUCGGUUCGCUUGUACAACUGGGUUUUCUUAGAUAGCGAUUGGUACAAAUUCGAUAAGUCAUAAGGGAUAUGUAAUUAGAAUGUAAAGUCAAAGUCACUGUUCUAUCGAAGUAUAACUCGUUAUUGGAACGUACAACAGUAUAGAUUCUGAUUGUUGAAGUACUUGUUUAACUUAUAUCCCAAAUAUUUAUCGAUUAAUUUAUUGAUAGAUAUAAGGUAAUCCCUUGUAGUCAAUAUAGUUGAUAAUUCUAUAGAUAUAAAUACCAACCGCGAUACAAACAUCUUGUCAUUAUAAUAUUAGUCACUUUUCAAAGUGAAAUGGCCUUUAGAUCUAGCAUUUGUGAUGUUAAAAGAAGCACGCAAAAAAUAACGCACCAAUGCAUAUGACCAUGUAUAAGUUAAGUGUAAUUCACUUAACUCCGAUUAUUCCUUCUCGCACACAUCAAACAUAGUAUACAUAUAUAUGUAUACUAUUGUAAGUAAUUAUAAUAUGAACAUCUACUAAAAUCUUCAAAGAUUCGGAUUUGUUAAUUCAACGAUUACGUCUAAUAAUAAUAUAUCUUAACAAAUUCACAACUCUUCAAUACCUAACUAAUAUGAACAUGUCACGACGCAGUAAUAGUUUCUCAAUAACACAUUGGCACAUUAGUAAAUAUAAAUGUCACACAAAUUAAUAUUUCAAUAAAUACUUUUAUCGCGCGCGCGUGUCUCUUUAAAUCGAAUUACAUACUUCGAAUGAAUCUAAUAAUCACACAUUUUUCUAAGUUAUAGUAAAUUCUUCCAUGAUAUAUGUAUAUCUAAACGGUCAGUGCAUUAAAUAAUAACAUUGAAACAAGCAACACAUAUUGUUCACCUUUUAUUAGUAUUAAAAAAGAAAAAAUUGAGUAUCAUUUGUUGCUUGAUUUUGUGCUAUGUUUCCGUUAGUUUUUAUUGUU